AUGUCCUUGGCAGAGGCUGCCAGCCACUCGCUGAGGCAGGCACCAAGUGGCCGUGGGGGGCCAGUCUUUUCUCAGAAACUUGGCAGUCACCUCAUAAGCCACAUCACCGUCCUUCAGGGGCUACCUCCUACUGCCAGUGGAGGGCCACAGGAAUGUAGCAAAGUCCACAAAAAGUUCCACCGAGCUGCGCUGAGCAAAGGCCAGAGCCCCAGAAGAAAACAAGUGUGGCCUCUGAGCGAAGCUGACCUCACCCAGAGUGCAAACCCCACUGGCCCAGGUAGGGGAUCUGUGUGAUUGGCAAUGAGCCCUGUGCUGUCAGAGCUCCCGAGAGAGCUUCCAGGCUGGUUCCUGUUCUCUGGCAUCUUCCUGCCUGUGACUUUGCUGCUGCUCCUUCUCAUCGCCUACUUCAGGAUCAAGCUGAUGGAGGUUAAUGAAGAACUGUCACAGACUCCUGAUCACCAACACAGUCUCAACGCUGGCUCUUCCCCCUACCAGAGAAAGAAGCGGAUGUGACCGUCAGGGACGGAUCAGUGGCCAAAACACAGUAGAUUUCCGCUGGUCAGAGAGUAACAGUCAAUGGCUUAGCAAUAAAGUAGGUUAAUAAACCAGAUCCACGCAAGACAGAACACUAAGAUGCUUGGUCCGACCUAUAUUGAAAAGUGGCAGCUGUUGUCCAAGGGGACAGCUAUGAGACUCAGCUUAACCAGCAGUUCUUCAGAGUCCCAAGAUUUUGUUGGAUGGUCUAUGGACUGGAUACUUAAAAACUUUUGUAACAUAAACUUUUAUAGAACCACGUCUACUCUGAAGGGCAUUAUUUUUUAACUAAAAUUCUUCAGCAUCAUUAUUACGUAAUUCCAUGGAAGGUGGCAUUAUUCUGACUUUGGAGGUGAAGAAACUCUGGUAGAGAUCAAACGAAUAGCAAAAGAUGAGUGCCUGUGUUUUCCUCCUGUGAGUUCCCACUUCCUCCUCUUGACACUCAGCGAGGCCAGAGGUCACCUUUUCAGGCCUUAUUUCUGGCCCUCGGUUUGCUUCUUCCCUUUCCCAGGUGCUUUCGCAAAUCCCAUCAUCAUUGUGAGAAGCCACAACAAGAGCCUCUCUUCACUGGGUAUGGAUCAUCAUGAAGGCAGCUUUCAGCAUGACACCGCUUGGAAACACUGGCCAUUUGGUGAGAAAAGUAAAGAAGACAAUGUUCAUGGAACUCACAUGGAGAAUAACUCAAGACCUUGCCUCGAACACCCAACUUCAGGGAGCAUUUCUAAAUUCGGAAAGAAGUCAACGUUUCACCAGCAGCAACCACCAAGCUGAGCCCCUGUGCCACAAAGCAGCUUCUCACUGGCUAUUUCACAGAUGGUAGCAUAUAAAUAAAUGUCAGUGCUACUCUCUGUGAUGAUCGAGAGAGGUGGAAUGGGGGUGGGAGGCAGGCAAAAAAAAAAAAAAAAAAAAAGAGAGAUUUCACUAGCAGGAUUCUUUCAGCGAGAGCGCCAAAGAGCCAAUCUAGGUAACUGAGAAGAAACAUUUAAUUCAAAGUAGUAGUUAAAACUACUACCUUGCUCAUCACAGUUUCCUAGUUAAUGUUAGCAAAAGACACUUAACAUGUCCUAAGUGAAAGUCUGGUUAUACUCCAAUGUUUGCAUGUGAAUCCAACAGGCUAUUAGAUUAUAAAACAAUGAAUUUGUUCACCUGAAAGAAAUGCAUUUUAUGUAGUGACAUAGAAAUAUGCAAAAGAUCAUGUGGCUGAUCCAAAGCAAGAAUGCUAUUCUCUGCUUCUCUUCCCUCUCCUCCCUCACUCUCCAAUUCUUCAUAUGCCUCCAAUGAGUUAUCGUCUCCAUUUGCACUUAUUGCAUAAUAUGAAAUUCACUAUUCAACUGGAGGACACUCAUUUCUGGGUUUUAUUGUAUUUGAUUACAAGGAAAAUGUCUGCUGGGGCUUCCAGACUGAGGUAAUUUAGUAUAAGUGUGCAUGCCAUAUGGAAGGAGUAACAAUAUUCUUUCAAUUCUGGGAGGGAUCUCGUUAUAGCCUCUGGCGGAAAUCAGCUUAUGUAAAAAUGUUUUCUUUGACAGAAGGCGUAGAAGGUUCGGCCACUAAGGUUUGCUCCAACUUCUCUUGGAAACAGGCACUCCCAAAGCCUGACUGAUGACUCUGGUAGAUGCAUUCCACCACCUUUGCCCGAGCAGAGAAAAUGCAUCUCACCUACUAUGGUAACAGAGGAGCUCUAAACAUACAUAUUUUUAACAUAACCCAGUUGUACAAUGCAGGACCUGAUUUCUUUGUUGCUGUUGGGUAAGAUGAGAGUACAAGGAAUUUCUAAAGAAAUCAUGAGUAGAGUCAUGAGUGUUUUUAUAUGCAGAGAGAAAUAGAAACUAGUUUUCUCAUGGAGAAACCAAGUCCAAGGGUUUUACUACCAUCUGCUUGAAGGCACUGUACUGGAUUUGAUGAGUACAAAUCCAGUACUCACAGACUGCAGCCACUCAGCUGCCCAGUCACAUCUUUGCCCUCCACCUGCUAAGAGUCUAGCAGGUUCCUGCUCAUGGCUGCUGUCACAGAGACCAGGCUGGCGGUCUCCUUAAUAUUUCAUCCUAUAUUGUUUCUUCCUAUGUGCCGAAGCAUUUCAUCAGGGGCCAAACAUGCUCCUAAGUGGUCUCCCUUCAAUAACUACUAACCUUAUUUCUAAUGUUCUAGUAUCUGAAUGAACUCUCAAAUCCGUUUCCCCGACAUGAGACUUUCAAUAAAACAAUGGAUGCUCUAA